AUGACAACAACGCAGACCUAUCCGGAGCUCGAGGAAAUCCCACCGGCGCCGCAACGCUCGAGGGUGUCGUCGCAUGCCUACCCGCUCAUUCCGCAGUGGGUCGCCUCGGUGUUCGCCACAUUCCCCCUUCACACCUUCCCGCCCGCAAAGGUAUACUCGCCUUCAGUGCCGGCUACUCCGACUAAGCCAACGCUCUACAUCGCGCCUCACCUCAACAGAGACGGCACACUCUCGACCACAUCCGACGACGGUUCUUCAUCCAAUCCUGCAUUCGUUGGCGAUGCAAAGACGUCGGAUCAGCACACCAGCGGCUGGUCCAGCAGCGACCCCAUUGCACUUCGCUGGCAGAUGGAGUUUGUAUUCCGACAAGCCGACAUCGAUGUGAGGUUCAUCGACCCUUCUCACAACUGGGGGCCAGCCAAGUCCAUGCCCUUCCUCCAUCUGCCGCCUUCGCAUCGCUCGCCCAGCAACUCGGCAGCAAGCAGCGUGCCGACUGCCUUGCUUCCUGCCGUCGACUUUGCACACCAUCUCGACAACUACUAUCCGCUAUCCCGCCCGGAGCUCGGUGAAAAGCCUGCAAACGCAUGGACCGACGAUGCGACUCGUCUCGAGGCGAGGACGUGGGAGAAUCUGCUGCAGGGCAGGGUCAUGGCAGGUGUUCUGCUGGCCGUGCUACUUUCGCCUCAGUCCUCUGCGUACGCUCGUGCUGGUUCUCAGCCGUACCUCUCGUCUCUGCUCUCUGCACAUCUCCAGAACUCAUUCUUCGACCAGCAAUUGCGGCGCAUCUCGGCACUCAACCCGUCGGCUGCCGUGGCUGCUUCCGCGUCGCAACCGACGACGAGCCUGCCAGGCUGGGAGGUGGGCUUCCUCGGCUGGAUCGGUGCCACCACUGCUUCGGCCACAUCCGCGCUGGCUGCCGCCGACCUCGACUCGCGCGGCGGCGGAGACACACCCGGUGCUGCAUUUGCCAGCCCGGAGGUGGAUCAGGACAAGGUGGUCUCCGACGCUGUUGCGGGCUUGCAGGCGCUUGCGGCGCGGACAAAGGCACAGCUCGAGGAAGAGUCCAAGGAGAUGCAACCGCUGCUGGGCGCUUCGAGACCGACAUCGCUCGAUGCCUUGGCUUUCAGCAUCGUCCACACCGUGCUCACGUUGGCUGCAACACCACAGUGCCAGGGCGACGGCGCAAGCGAGCCGCUGCGCAAGCUUAAGCUCGCUCUCGAUCAGAGUCCGUGGCUCGUGCGAUGGUCUCGCAUUGUUUGGAAUGCGCACGUGAAGGACCUCGACCGAAGCUAG